AGGGUCAACCGGUCGUACGGCUAGCAAGCCAAGACAGUCGCCAAAGGCAUGUACAUUCAAUGGCUGUAUGUUUACCGCUGCUGAGUAAGUGUUGAGCUCUUAGAGCAAAUCACAUAACAUAAUACUUUCGCUCCAGAGCCACUUUGAUUGCACACAGAGAGCAAUACUAAUUCAAUAAAUAACGCUAAUAUGUCAUACCACAGCCCGUGCUGGUAAUGGCUUAGGUUACUUCCUCUGUCUCCUCGGCGAGGCCGAGUAAUGCACAUGAGCCGCGGCCAGAGGCUGGCCUCACUAGGCCUAGGAUUGCUAGUCGCAUGGACUUCUACUUGCUUAUUAGCGAACCAAGGAAGAAUCCGUAGCCUCGUCCUUCUGGUAUGCAGCACAAUAAUGACAUCCAUCGUUUCCCGACUACUCGACUUCAACAGCCCGACCUGCCUACUUAACCCCAUGAGUGGCCGAAUGCAGGCCCCUGUUUUCUCAUUUCUUAUACUGGGCGUGUAUCUACUGGUUCGACUGGUACACGGCGUGUACACAUUCAACAGUUACCCGUCUGCCAUACCAGAGCUUCAUUUGGAGGUUGAAGAGGCUCGUCGAGACCUGGCUAGGAAGGGUGUAAGGUGACCCCGCCCCACAGCGCCGACAGCUAGCCACAGCACGCCUCAAUUGCGACGGGCAGAGUAAGAUGCUAACACGAAGCUGCAGUGAAAGCGCUACGGUAGCCACCGGCACUGGGCCAACCCCCAUGUGGGCUGGCUUGCCAGGCCAUGCGUGCGGAAACCUUCGCACAUCCCUCUCGGGGAGCAGUUGGCUUGCCAGGCCAUGCGGGUUCACCCCUUCACAUAUACCCCUUGGGGCGCUGUUGGCUGGUCAUGCCAUGUCCCAUGUGGGCUCCUCUGUUGAAGAAGCCCUCCCUUCGCACACCUCAUCGUUAUCCCAUUGGAUUGCCAGGCCUUACCUCGUUGGUGGCGAAUUCAUGUCGUUAACAGUUGACAGUUUUGAGGGUUGCUUGGAUUAGGUAGGAACAGACAAUUGGCUAGCCACCAGUACUGAGUGGCAAGCUGUUCGUGUUUUCUUCCUGAAUAACCUGAGGUUGCGUGUUUUCCCGUCAGGGUAUAGUUAAACCCAGCGGAGCGUGCUAAACAGAAUGGCGAGCUCUGUUGGGUAAUGGGGAUAGUAAUCAUUAACCGUUCCAC